CUAGUUGUCAAGUGUCAUUUGUCAAACAGAAACAAUUUUGAAAACAUCGUAUUUGUUGAACUUGUUGAACUGCAAUUAAAGUUUCGUAAAAAAUGAAAUUCGAAUUAUUAGUUGUUAUUUUGAUUAGUGUGUGUAGGACUUGUCAUAGUGAUUUACAAGCUGGACCAGAUCCUUGGCAUUACGAGUCUGUUCAAGGACCAGGAAAAUUAAAUGAAAAUGAAUUACCGCCAGAUCUGAGAACACCUGUAAAGAAGGAAAGACCAACAGAAAGUACUUUGGCUUAUGGAGAGUGGUGGUUUAAAAGAUUACUUGCUAUAAUGCUAAAAAGUGGUCACUAUAAGAAAAGUGAAGAUGGCAGUGUGGAUGUUUCACUUCAAAUGAGGUUUGAUUCAGAAAGGUGGGGUGUACUGGACGAUUGUCUGAAGUCAGAGUCUACAUUGUCUGAUGACAAGUUCAGACGUACUGUGGGCUAUGUAGAAGAAGCUAUUUACAGGCCAACUAUUACCGAUCAAAUUGUUAUUGCUUGGAGUGAUUAUAUUCAAAUUUAUUUAGUGGAAUAUAAGAUCUAUAUCACUUUGCUACUCAGUGCGUUAGCUGCAGGCGGAGGGCUCAUUUGGCUGUGGAGGCACAUAUCUCACAAGCAUGUCAUCAUCAUUAUAUUUGUCCUAUUGUACUUUUAUGAAGCAUUCAUCUCUUACAAAGAAGCUGAACAGCAAGAGUUUGAAAAAUUUGUGUCAGCAGUGAACACUUGCAAAUGGUAUUUUUGGACAUCAGACUGCACGGUACCACCACCAGACCCUCUUCUGUUUAUAAAACAUAUGAAUCCUAUGAAAAUCAGCAUUCGAAUGUUUACAUCUUUGAUAUCUGAACCUAUUAUUGCUAUGAACUCUACCAUCAAAAUUAUACUCCAUGGAGUUACCGAUAGCCUAUGGUUUCCCUUCGAUAAAAUCGUGUAUGGAUUUUCAAUACUAAUUGUAAAUAUCUCAUUGAUAUAUCUUUUAAUCAUGAUUGUAUUCAAUUUCAUAUUUAAUAUUCCAUUCCACUUAAAUUUUCUUGGUUUAGUAAGUAUUGGAGUUCGACAGAAUAGGAGCUCAAUGUUUUCUGCAAGUACAAAUGAACAACCAACACAAAUAAGGGAUACUGAUAGAAUAAGUGGAGAUCGAUUAGAUCGACUCUUGAAUGUUUGUUCACUAGCUCUCACAAACGUUACUAGUUCUCGAAGUAGAACCAACCUGCGAUUGACGAAUAACGACAAUGUUCCAAGAUUGCAAAGAUCAGCCAGCACUGGUAGACUACCAAAUAGUUUUACAGAAAACAAUAAUGACCAGCUGGCUAUAAAAUGUAAUUUUAGAAAAAGGCAAAAUGCUGCACGUGGUGAUGGCGAUCAUUAACAAUAGAAGGAAAAUGUGUACAUAAAAUGAAACAUUUGGUAGAAGUUUGUUUUCUUUUACAGCCAUAACUAUAGAAGCCAUACGACACGACAAUUUUUAUUAAUGUAAAUGUAAUGCAUGUCAUGUUCAUAAGAAAAACUAACUAACUUAAAAACUA